CCCGAUGUUAAUGUGACAACGAUUUUAUAAUUCACGGGACCGAUGCAUUGCUCCUGGCUCCCAUCGCAUUGGCCGGGACUGCGAAAAGUGAAAUGGGAGCUGCUCCGAAGCCACCACCUCUUCUCUGCUGGAAGUGGCCGUGGGAUCUCAACCCAAACCCUCAAACCCCCAAUCCUUGUGGAUCCCUCGAUGCUCCCUGGCUCUUCAGAUCGUUGCAGAACCUCGGGUCUCUCGCCCACAACCUCCUCCAGUCCGCCACCGCAGCCGCAUCCAGGGGCGGCACGUCCCUCUUCGCCGUCUCCACCGCCGGCCCUCGCCGCGAGAAGACACCGUCGCUGUCGCGGGAGGAGCAGGGGGAGGCGGAGCACCGAGCCCUUGCCUCGGCCCUGGCGAGCGGGAAGGAAGCGACCGUGAUCGAGUUCUACUCGCCCAAGUGCCGGCUCUGCAACUCCUUGCUUCAUCUUGUGCUCGAGGUGGAGGCAAGGAACUCCCAGUGGGUCAGUUUUGUCCUCGCCGACGCGGAGAAUGAGAGAUGGCUCCCCGAGCUCGUUCAUUACGACAUCAAGUAUGUCCCUUGUUUUGUGCUUCUGGACAAGCAUGGAAGAGCUUUGGCAAAAACAGGUGUUCCCACGAGCCGGCUACAUGUCAUCGCUGGCCUUUAUCAUCUUCUAAAGCUCAAACAGCCAUCAAUACACGGAGAAAAGAAUUCGCCUUGAUUACAAACUUCCAUCAAAUAAACAUAAAAAACUUGAGAAGUUAAACAAGUUCUUCCUUUUUCUUUUAUUUGGUCGGUAGGUAGGGGUUACCUCAAUUAGAUCCUAAGAGAAGUAACGCCCAUACCAUCCUGAUUGGGAGUGGAUUUUUUUUGCCGUACUUAAAAAGUAUUGAGGGUGUUAUGCA